UUUGCUCAACCAAUACCCUUUCAUUUGGAUUUUAUUACUAUUACCAACAUCCAUCCCAGUUUCUGGGCUAAGGCAUUAACUAAGGAUAACUGCCUAUUAAGAAAGGAAAUAUAAACAGAAACCAUCGUCAUAAUUCUGUAAAAAAUAAUAAUAAUAAUAAACGCACAAAGAGAGAGAAGAAGAUCCUUCCUACAGGAGAUUGAUUUGAAUGGUGGAGAGGAGCCGUUGUUUUCUUCCUCUAUCUCUCUCUUCCAAGGAUCUCACCCCCCAACCCCAAACAACCCGAGGAGUUGCUGCUAGUAAUGAGGAUCCGUUCAAAAACAUUGAAAAGGCCAUGACGCUGCAGGGAAGCCGGGCAGGAGAAGGAGGAACAAGCGCUGCAACGUUUUGGCAACGGGAGAGAAAAGAUUAAGAAGCAAGGCUCACGAAGAAGAAAGAACCCCCCCCUUUUUUUGGGGGGGGGAGAUGGGAGAAGGGAGGAAGGGAUGAGAAAGCCAGGCCAUAAUUGCAAAAAAUAAUAAUAAUAAUAAUAAUAGCUCCCCGAUUCACUGGUGUCGCCUCCUCCCGUGUCAAAUCCGGGCAGCGACAGAAGGAAACGCUGCCUCUUCCUAUCUGAGAAGAACGCUGCCGAAGUAAAAAAAAAAAAAAAAAAAAAAAGGGAAAACGAAAUAAAAGGCGGCGGUGGAACCUUUUGCGGGUGAACCGCGGAACUCUUUCAAAAAAAAAUGAGGAAAAAAAAGAAAAAGGGCGCAGGAGGAGCCUACGGGGACCUUCGGGGCAAGUCGCCGGGCAAGGCGAGUCACGUGACAAAGCCGGCCCCGCCCCCGGGCUCCGAAGGGUGUCACGUGACCCCAGGUCGAGAGAAUCCACGUGGGCGCCUUCCGGGUCAGCGGAGGGGGAGAUGGGACGGAUGCCUCCUGCUGCACUCUGCCAACCGAAAACUGGCCGUGUGGAGGCCCUGCGAGGCUGGUAGAGAUGGGAAUUUUGGAUACAGAAUGGCUGAGAAGAAACCUUCGCAUGGGCAACCAUGGCUGCUACUACUGAUAGUUGCUGUUGCCUUCGUUCACUUAGUUGUGUGCCCAUUUACAAAAGUAGAGGAGAGCUUUAAUCUUCAAGCUAUACAUGACAUUUUGUACGAGAAGCUGGAAUUAGAUAAGUACGAUCAUCAUGAAUUUCCUGGAGUUGUCCCGAGAACAUUCAUUGGUCCAGUUUUUAUUGCUCUUCUUUCCAGUCCAGCCAUCUAUAUAUUGUCCCUUUUACAAAUGUCAAAAUUCUACUCCCAGCUGAUAGUCCGAGGAACCCUAGGCUUGACAGUGAUUUAUGCUCUAUGGCGGCUACACAAAGAAGUGAGAAAACAGUUUGGUUAUACUGUAUCCCUGAUUUUCUGCCUAAUAACAGCUACUCAAUUCCACCUGAUGUUUUACUGCACUCGUACCCUCCCCAACGUAUUUGCGCUGCCUAUUGUUUUACUAGCAGUUACAUCUUGGAUGCAACAAAAGCACCGCUCGUUUAUUUGGUUCUCGGCUUUGGCGAUCAUUGUCUUCAGAGCAGAGCUUUGCAUAUUCCUGGGUCUUAUGCUACUGAUCACUCUAUUGAAUAAAAAACUCUCUGUUAUGAAAACGCUUUUUUAUGCUGCUCCUGCAGGGGCUUUUUGGCUAGGACUCACAGUGGCUGUGGAUUCUGUGUUUUGGAGGCAGCUCUUGUGGCCUGAGGGAAAAGUACUUUGGUAUAACAUUGUCUUAAAUAAAAGCUCCAACUGGGGAACCUCGCCAUUUUUAUGGUAUUUUUACUCUGCCUUGCCUCGCGCUCUGGGUUGCAGUAUUGUAUUUCUACUACUAGGAGCAGUAGACCGAAGAUGUUGGGUAUUAAUUCUACCCUCACUUGGUUUUAUUUUCUUGUAUUCCUUUCUCCCACACAAAGAGCUGCGGUUUAUAAUAUACACAUUUCCAGUUUUGAAUAUAGUGGCUGCCAAAGGCUGCUCUCGAAUUCUAAACAAUUACAAGAAAUCAUGGUUAUACAAAUUAGGCACCCUGUUUGUUAUAGCACACCUCUUUGCUAAUGCUGCUUACUCAGGAGCAUCGCUCUAUGUGUCCCACUUCAAUUACCCUGGAGGGGUUGCUAUGCAAAAACUACACCAGCUGGUACCUCCAACAGCAGAUGUUUCUGUCCACAUUGAUGGGGCUGCGGCACAGACUGGUGUGUCUCGAUUUUUAGAAGUCAAUUUGGAUUGGAAAUAUGACAAAAGGGAAGACCUCAAACCGGGCAACCCACUUAUGUUCUCAUAUACACAUGUACUUAUGGAGAUGAAUUCAGCUCAACUGUCACAUUACAAGACAACUCACAAAGUCCUUGCGCAUAUUCCUGGCACCAGUGGAAUUGGAUUGAAUUUUACUGCACUGCCUCCUAUUACUUUAAACUUGAAAUCCAAACUAGUAUUGUUGGAAAAGCACCCUGUUUCUUUUGGAAAAUAAAAUUUGAACAAGUUUGAAA